CUCAAGGAGCAUUCAUAACGCGGCUGUAUCUUGGUUCAGCAGCGCCAAUUGCUCUCCCUCUGCAGUUGAGUUCCGAUCACCUUCCCUGCCUCUCUGGACAAGGGAAAGGCCUGGAAGCCAACCAGUGCUCCGAGCAUGAGAGAAUAAAGCUUCCAAGACACCGAGAGUCUUGGCUCCUUGGCAUCUUCACAGCUAUUCUCUCAAAGCACCAGCUGCUGAGGACUUGGAGACUCUGAAAGCUUCGGGGCUCCUACCCUAGAGGAGGACGCACAACCUGAAGUCCCCUCUUUUGAACACCAUGGACCUCAAGCAGCUCAGAUUCCAGGACAAGAAUCUGAAGUCAGGAACAGUUGAGAAGUUCUCUGAAGGGGAGAUGGCUGGAAACACCCCAGAGCUGGUGAAUGGUGUGAAUCCACAGACAUUCACAGAGAGCUCUGUUCAACUCAAGGGUCCAGGGAGUGCUCAUCAGGGAGGACAGCGUGACAAGCCAGGAAGAUGUCAGGAUUCACGGAGACGAUUUCAUCUGGGAAACAGAGACAGUGACUGCCAAAUGAGCAUCACUGUCGAUCAGGACACGGACUAUGCUGAAUUGGUUCUGCCUGUAGGAGACAUCACACUUGGAGAGAAGACUAGGGAUUCGAUGAAAGAUAAACAACUGAAAAGAAAUCAGGCCAAAAAUAUCUUAUGGGCUGUGUGUGCCCUGCUGAAUUCUGGAGGGGGCGUGGUCAAAGCUCACAUUAAAAACCAAAAGUUCUGCUUCCCCAGAGAUGGACUAGGAAAAGAUUUGGAUGAGUCCUUGCUCGAUAUCCUGCAACUUCCUCAUGAAUAUCUAGACUUCAUGCAGCACAAAGACUACUUUUUCAUUUUUGUGAAACCAUGGAAGCAGAAUCAGGAAGGUCCAGGGAUCACCACCUUGAAAACCAACUUGUACCAGAGAAUCAUCUCAUCCACAGAUGAAGUGAAAGCAGCUGCUGCUUGGCAGUUCCUCAAAGCCAGACCAAGUUCACCUGGAAAAACAGUCUGUAAUGAAAUACUAAAUGAAUGUCUUAUUUUAUUUAACAGAUCUCGGCUUGACUAUGAGGAGACAUUCUGUUUCACUAAAUCCAAAUAUGCUGAAGUAAAAUUGACUCCUAAGGAAAAUAUUUUUCCUAAGAAAAAGAAUUUUCCUAAGAAAAAGAUUUUUCCUAAGAAAAAGAUUUUAGAGAUGCUCCCUCAAAGUGUUUCUGCAUUUGCAAACACUGACGGGGGAUAUUUGUUCAUUGGUUUGGAUGGCAAAACCCAGGAAAUUAUUGGUUUUGAAGCAGAGAAGAGCGACCUUGAGGAUCUAGAGAGUGAAAUAGAGAAGUGCAUCCGACAGCUGCCUGUCACUCACUUCUGUGAGGAGAAGGAGAAAAUCAAGUACACGUGCAAAUUCAUCAAAGUACACAAAUCCGGAGCCGAGUGUGCAUAUGUGUGUGUGCUCAGAGUGGAGAGAUUCUGCUGUGCAGUGUUCGCUGCAGAGCCCGAAUCCUGGCACGUGGAAGACAGCUGUGUGAAGAGGUUUACCGCAGAGGAAUGGGUGAAGCGCCAGAUGGAUGCCCGAGCAGGCUUUUCCAAUCAGAAUAAUUGCACUCUUCAAUCAAGCAGACUGCCACUCAGUCCCGGUACCUGCUGUCCUUAUGACAAUCCUGAUGCUCCUCAACAGAGUGUUCACCUUCCAGUGACAUCUGGAAAGGUGAUGUGCUCUCCUGAAGCCCUCUGCAAGAUACCGUUCUCACAACAUGAAGACUAUGAGCAGUUACUCCGAGCAGAGUUGGGCUCACUUCGCAAAGGAACACUGGUCGUGUCUAAGAGCUGGGCUUUGGAUCUGGGCUUGCAAGAGAAGCAGGAAGUCAUCUUGGAUGCACUUCAUAUUUCCCAGGGCAGCCUCCUGACCCUGCAUGGCUUUGUCCGGGGAGAUGAGGACCUGGAAGACAACCGCACUCUUCUGAGCAAACUAAGCGCUCAGUUAAAGGGCUAUUAUAAACAAACUGCCCUAACGCUGAAGCAGAUGUUGGUAAACCAUGCUGGUUACACUGGGAAAAUAGGUAUCAUAGUAAAGAUAACGUACUUAGGUCAUAAGGCAAUUUGUCUUUAUGAUUCAAGCUCGAAAAUACAUUACCCUGUAAACUAUUAUCUGACAACCAAGACAGUAAGUGACUUAGAAAAAACUCUUGCUGAACUUUUAGGGAGUCGUGAGUCUUUCUGCAGUCUACCCAGUUAAAACUGUAGUAAUCAUUUUACCUCUGCAUUUUCAAAGGGAUGCAAUUAUAUAGUAUACUUUUUGAGAAAUGUCUUAACUCAUUUUUAUGUCUUGCUUGACAUAAAAAAAAUGGCGUAUGACAAAAUGAUAUUUCACAACAUAUAGAUGAUAAUGUUCUCUCGUUCUAUAAACAUACGGAAAAUAUGACUUCGAGCUUCACAGAAAUAGAAUCCAAGUUCUGGAAAAGGGAUUGGUCAUUGGAGAUGCCAAUGACAAACCAUAGCAUUAAUAAGGUGUCCCUGAGCCAUGCAUGUGGCCCAUGCCUUUGAUUCCGGCACCUGGAGGGAGGCAGGUCAGUCUGCUCUAUGUAAAGAGUUCCAGGACAGCCAGAGUUGUGCAGUGAGAACCUCUCUCAAAAUUUAUUAAUUAAUUCGCUAAUUAAUUAAUUAGUUAAUACAUGUCUCUCCUUAUGAGCAUAGUCACUGCUUCUCGAUGAUGAAAUGCAUGGUGACUUUGAAGUAUGGGAGACACUCAUCCUAGAGAAGUCAGUAAAGAAAAUGUUGAAAUAGGCGGCAUGAUAUAGAAACGUUUUUGUCAUGGGGUUGCUAUCCAGCCUUGUGUGUUAUUGCUCUUAAAUACUUAAUUUGUAUGUGACAACCUGAGGAAAAAUUUGUGACACGUCCAAAAUCACAGGAACAAAUAUUUAGAGUUUAUAGAGAUUAAAUGGCAACUGCCCACAACAUCAUAUAUUAUAAACAAGAUUUUUCUAGAAACAUCAAAGAGACGUGGAAACUGAAUACAAUUAUUUUUUGUGAGGAGAGUACAUUCUAUCUUAAAAGAAAGCAUUGUAUCUCAUGGAUGUAAGACAGUCCACAGGUGUUAGGCCAUACUAGCAGUCUCUAUGGGGCUAUAGCAUGGCAUCUAUUUUUCUAUAUGUAGGAUCAUUUCCUAUGAAGUAUCGAUAACAGGAUUUUAAGAUGUUGAUAUUGUUUGUUUAGGGUUUGAUGUGCCAUAUUUUUCACGUUUAUAUAGUUGUGUUGUUUGUGCUGUAGAUAACACCUGUAAAGGUAUUUACAGCAUCGACUUUACAUGCGAGUAUUAUGCAUUAAUUGAAAUGUUGGGAUUCCCUUCAUAAAGGAAGAAAUGUCUUUAUUGUACAUCUACGUUUGUGAAGGAUAAAAUUUCUCAACAUUUGGCCCAUAGGGGCUAUUGCAGUGGUAACCUGUUGUGACUUUUGAUGGAGGCCAUCAAAAGACUGGUUGCCCUUCACGACAUUUAUGAUGAUGGGGGCUAUGAGCUGGGCGCUCAUAGGCACCAAUCAUCCUUAGCCAUGUUCUGUUCUGAUCUAUUACUUUAUCAGUACAAUUUAUUUUUAAAAUCUACUUCAUUUCUCAUCUACUCUGUUCUCAGAUCUGUGUCGUUAUGAAUACUAUUCUUCUGACUGUAUCUUUCUUGGAUGAAGCCUCAUUGUUCAAUCUGGGAAGUUAUACUUAACAAAGGUUGGAUGCCAAACAAAGUUUAUGCCAUUUUAAUAUGUUUCUAAAAUAAAUGACCUUUACAAUCCA